AAAUUUUUUUUAAAAAUUUUGCGAGGUUGUGACUUUGUGACGCGCGAAAAUAAACAAAAGUGAACGCGCGCCGUUCUGUUAUGCCAGUAGUACGCCAAUCACAAGACAAUAUGAGUUCCGAUAUCGCACUAAUUGGUCUGGCCGUAAUGGGCCAGAACUUGAUCCUCAACAUGAACGAUCACGGGUUCACAGUCACAGCGUUCAAUCGCACUGUAUCCAAGGUAGACGAUUUCCUAGCUAAAGAGGCUAAGGGAACUAAUGUGGUUGGUGCACAGACUGUUGAAGAGAUGGUCAAGAGUCUCAAGACCCCUCGUCGUGUGAUGAUGCUCGUCAUGGCUGGUAAGCCAGUAGAUGCCUUCAUUGAGCAGGUGCUUCCGUUCCUGGAGAAGGGUGAUAUCAUCAUUGAUGGUGGAAACUCUCAUUUCCCCGACACUCAGCGUCGUUACGAGUACCUGCAGACCAAGGGUAUCCGUUUCAUGGGCUGUGGUGUCUCCGGUGGUGAGGAGGGUGCCCGCUACGGUCCCUCUAUGAUGCCUGGAGGUGACCCCGAGGCCUGGCCUCACAUGAAGGAGAUCCUGCAGUCCAUUUCUGCCAAGUCUGACGGUGAGGCGUGUUGUGACUGGGUAGGAGAGGGUGGUGCCGGACACUUCGUGAAGAUGGUGCACAACGGUAUCGAGUAUGGAGACAUGCAGCUCAUCUGUGAGGCGUACCAGCAGAUGAAGGAGGUUCUCGGCAUGUCCUGCAAGGAGAUGGCGGAAGUCUUCCGUGAGUGGAACAAGGGUGUGCUGGAUUCGUAUCUUAUGGAGAUCACAGCUGAUAUCCUUGCCUACGAAGACACUGAUGGCACCGCCUUAGUUGAGAAGAUUCGCGACACUGCCGGUCAGAAGGGAACCGGAAAGUGGACCGGAAUUGCUGCCCUAGAUAUGGGUAUUCCUUUGACCCUCAUUGGAGAGUCUGUCUUCGCGCGUUGCAUCUCUGCACUAAAGGAUGAGCGUGUCAUUGCCUCCAAGAAAUUGAGCGGACCCACCCCCAGUUUCAAGGGUGACAAGCAGCAGUUUCUAAACAAUCUGCGAGAUGCUCUGUACGGUUCCAAGAUUAUCUCGUACGCACAGGGUUUCAUGCUUCUAAGAGAGGCCGCCGCACAGUAUAAAUGGAACCUCAACUACGGUUCGAUCGCUCUGAUGUGGCGUGGAGGUUGCAUUAUCCGCUCCGUCUUCUUGGGUGAUAUCAAGAAAGCCUACGAGAAGAACCCUGACUUGACCAAUUUGCUUCUAGACGACUUCUUCAACAAGGCCAUUCAAGACUCCCAGGAGGGUAUGCGUCAAGCCGUGAUCGAGGGAGUGAAGGCUGGUAUUCCCACGCCUUGCUUCUCCACUGCGCUGGCCUUCUACGAUUCCUACCGAGCCGAGCGCUUGCCCGCGAACUUGUUGCAGGCACAACGUGACUACUUCGGUGCCCACACAUACGAGCUUCUAGAGAAGCCCGGAUCAUUCCAACACACAAACUGGACUGGUCGCGGUGGAGAGACAUCGUCAUCACAGUAUGAUGCUUAAGUUGAGCAGGAUAGAGUCUUCUGCGAAAAGUUUCCGAGAUUUAGUGGAAAUUAAUAGAAAAUAUUUAAAAAAAAACUGUUAUACUUUGCGCGAGU